UGAGCCGGCGAGUUGAGUGGCGAUUGUCUGAUCAAGAAGCGAAAAGACAUAGAUAGCUUCUUGCUACAGCCAGAGGAAAAAUGAAGUUUCUUUUAUAGAAACCCUUUGGAACAGAUAGUCACCAUGUUUAGAUAUUAGCAAGCACAUAUGUGUAUGUCCGAAUUUGAAAAUGGCAGAGGGAAAUAACAAUGAAGAGGUAAUUCACUUGAACAACUUUCACUGCCACCAGGGACAAGACUGGAUCAAUCUCAGAGAUGGACCCAUCACCAUAUCUGACGACUCUGAUGAGGAAGGGGUUCCAAUGAUGGUCACCCCAGCUCCUCAGCAACAUGACGAAGAGGAUCUGGAUGAUGAUGUAAUCUUGACAGAAGAUGAUUCUGAGGAUGACUACAGUGGAUUUCUGGAUCUUGGACCUCCUGGAGUUUCUGAAUUCAUUAAACCAAGUGGACAAACAGAAAGAGAACCCAAGCCUGGACCAAGUCAUAACCAAGCAGCAAAUGAUAUUGUCAACCUCGGAUCAGGGCCAAAAAUCUUUAUCUGGAGAAAAAGUGACCUUCUUAUUCCAGAUAGCGAUCCUUUGGACACUCAGAACCAGUCAUCUGAAGACUCAGAGACAGACCUUUUAUCAAACCUCGGAGAAUCGACUGCUAUCCUAGAUGAUCAGACCAUCGAAGAAGACUGCUGGUUAGACAACCAUCCUUACUUCCAGUCUCUAAACCAGCAGCCCCGUGAGAUAACAAACCAGGUUGUUCCUCAGGAGCGGCAGCCUGAAGCAGAACUGGGUCCAUUGUUCUAUCAGCAUGAGCCCCUAGGGCUGGCUUUUCCAAGGCCAGCUUUUCCAAGACCAGAACCCCAGCAGGAUGGGAUUCCAGGCCCCUCUUCUCCUCAGCCUGCCCAUCCUCUAGGAGAGCUUGAAGACCAAUUAGCAAUAGACGAUGAAGAGCCAGGCCCAGCCUUUCCACUACAAGGAUCUCAGGAGCCCAAUUUGGAAAACCUUUGGGGGCAAGAAGCUACUGAGGUAGACCAAGAAGUCAUUGCACUAUUAGUGAAAGAAACAGAAGCAAGAUUUCCAGAUGUGGCAACUGGAUAUAUUGAGGAAAUAAUUCAUUUGAAGAAUUACUAUGAUUUGAAUGUACUUUGUAAUUUUCUCCUGGAAAAUCCAGAUUAUCCAAAGAGAGAAGAUCGAAUCAUUAUCAACCCCAGUAGCAGCCUGCUUGCUAGCCAGGAUGAGACAAAGUUGCCUAAGAUAGACUUUUUUGACUAUUCUAAAUUGGCUCCUCUUGACCAGCGCUGCUUCAUCCAAGCUGCUGACCUCCUGAUGGCCGACUUUAAAAUGCUCAGCAGUCAGGACAUCAAGUGGGCCCUGCAUGAGCUCAAAGGACACUAUGCAAUCACCCGAAAGGCCUUUUCUGAUGCCAUUAAAAAGUGGCAGGAGCUAUCACCAGAAACCAGUGGAAAAAGAAAAAAGAGAAAAGAAAUGAAUCAGUAUUCUUACAUAGAUUUCAAGUUUGAACAAGGUGACAUAAAAAUAGAAAAGAGGAUGUUCUUUCUGGAAAAUAAGCGGAGACAUUGUAGGUCCUAUGACCGGCGUGCCCUCCUUCCAGCUGUGCAGCAAGAGCAGGAGUUCUAUGAACAGAAAAUCAAAGAGAUGGCAGAGCAUGAAGACUUUUUGCUUGCUCUGCAGAUGAAUGAAGAGCAGUAUCAAAAGGACGGCCAGCUGAUUGAGUGUCGCUGCUGCUAUGGGGAAUUUCCAUUCGAGGAGCUGACUCAAUGUGCAGAUGCUCACUUGUUCUGCAAAGAGUGUCUCAUCAGAUAUGCCCAGGAGGCAGUCUUUGGAUCUGGAAAGUCAGAGCUCAGCUGCAUGGAAGGCAGCUGCACAUGUUCAUUCCCAACCAGCGAACUGGAGAAGGUGCUUCCCCAGACCAUCCUGUAUAAGUACUAUGAGCGGAAAGCUGAAGAAGAGGUCGCUGCAGCCUACGCUGAUGAGCUUGUCAGGUGCCCCUCCUGUAGCUUUCCUGCUCUAUUGGACAGUGAUGUGAAGAGGUUCAGUUGUCCCAAUCCUCGCUGCCGAAAGGAAACCUGUAGGAAGUGUCAGGGACUCUGGAAAGAGCACAAUGGCCUCACCUGUGAAGAGCUGGCUGAAAAAGAUGACAUCAAGUACCGAACAUCUAUUGAAGAGAAAAUGACUGCUGCUCGCAUUAGAAAAUGCCACAAGUGUGGGACCGGCCUCAUCAAAUCUGAAGGCUGCAACCGCAUGUCUUGCCGCUGCGGGGCCCAAAUGUGCUACCUCUGUCGAGUAUCCAUCAAUGGGUAUGACCAUUUCUGCCAGCAUCCUCGCUCUCCAGGAGCCCCCUGCCAGGAGUGUUCUAGAUGUUCUCUUUGGACCGACCCCACCGAAGAUGACGAGAAGCUAAUUGAGGAAAUCCAGAAGGAAGCCGAAGAGGAGCAGAAGAGAAAGAAUGGAGAGAACACCUUCAAACGCAUCGGGCCCCCCUUGGAGAAGCCUCCAGAGAAAGUCCAGAGAAUCGAAGCCCUGCCCAGACCCGUCCCGCAGAACCUGCACCAGCCGCCAAUCCCCCCCUAUGCCUUUGUGCACCCGCCCUUCCCCCUGCCUCCUGUCCGACCCAUGUUCAACAACUUCCCCCUCAACAUGGGUCCCAUCCCGGCACCCUAUGUGCCUCCUCUGCCUAAUGUGCGGGUCAACUACGAGUUUGCCCCCGUCCACCUGCCCCUGGAGCACAAUUUGCCCAUGCACUUUGGUCCCCAGCCGCGCCAUCGCUUCUGACACCUGAGCCCUGCCCCUUCUAGGAGCCCCACUGUGCAGGCAGGGGUUGAAUAGAUUCCCCUGUUUACCCCCAAAGCCAGUGGCUCUGCCCGUGCUUUCCAGAUAGGGAUGAUGGGCUUGACUCUUAAAAGCAUAGAUUGGUCUUCCCACCCCUUCCCGGGAAGGGCCACUUCCCCUUGAAGAGUGCCUGGCAAGCUAGUUCUUGCUGGCCAGAGAUAAGGGGGCAGGAACACCCUCUUCCAAAGAGUUCUGCCAUCCUAGCAGCCAGUGCAGUGGCCCUGGCCACAAGGCAGUCAUCUCUGCUGUUACCCACCUCCCUGCAGAAGGAGACAAGGGAAAUGUUUGCCUCCAUUGCCUCGCCCACUAGACAACAGAAGUCUCAGUAAAACCACAUAGGCCUUCCCUACCACAGCACUGUCUGGUUCAUAAUAAAGCUGAAGUGACAAGUAGUGCCGUUGAAGAGAGGUGUGAGCCAUGUUCCCAAGGCCAGGGCCUGCAGCUGAGGUUCCCUGCUGCCUCGAGCUGGCUGGUCCAAGUGAGGAGGGCAGGUGGUGGCCACAGCUCCAAGAGCACCACACACGGCGGGGAAGCGACAGACUGUCCCCCAUGUCCAGAGCCACAGGACGCCAGCCUGGUGACAGUUCAGGGUGAGCUGGCCCUCUUGGCCCACUCAGAUGACCAUCUUGUGCUUUGGGCUCUGUUUUGUAAUUUAUCUAAAAUGUUUGCUGUUUACUCACUUUGAAUUUAAUUUUCUGUGUCCCACUAGACUCUCCCUCAGUCUCUGGAAAGUCACAUGUUCUCCCAAAUCAGGCAGCCUGUGCAGUCCAGAUGGUCCUGAAACCAAAUAAAAGGUCCUUUUGAGGCAGCUGUCACAGGUCUAGUGGCUUUCCCAGGCAGCAAUUACUGGGGAGCCUUCUCUGUCACCAACUAGGCUCCCCUAAGAUUUGGUGGGCAGUGGGUGUCCCCAGGGGGACAGGUGACUCAGACUGUGCUAAGCACCUGCCCAGUACGCUGCCCCACCAGGCGCUCUGCAGGCCUGGAGCUGCCUUCCUGAGGUUGGGUGGGGCUCCUGAGUCCGCUGUGGUCUCUGCCAUGCCCUCACUCCCUUUUCCUGUCCAGUCCCAGCCUGGGGUUUGAGCCACAUCUGAGGCUUUGCCCUACCCCCGUCAUUCGUCAUUCGCUUUGUGGCAUGUCACACCCCAGCGUGUGUGCAGAGCAGAGGCCUCAGUGGAGACUGAGCCUGCCUGCCUGCCUGCCUCCCUGUGUUGGCCUCUGUUUCUGCUGCUGUAUCUCUGAGUCUGUGGGGUUCGCAGGAGUUCAGAGCGCGCCAUAGGCCUCAGAGAGGAGGGUGAGCCAGUGACCCCUCCCUGAGCUUGUUCUGCUCUCCUGCAGCCAGAAGACUGCCCUGCCCAGGUCUACUCGCUGCUGUCCUGUUGUCGGGACAGGAGCAUCACUGUGGUCACCUGCUGCCAGCAGCUUCUCAGAUGUAUUUCAAAAAUUAAAAUGGAGUGAAUCUGCUAAGCUGCCCCUUGCUGCCUUUCCUCUGGCGGAGGGCUUUGCAGGCAGCCGGUCACUGGGCAUGAGAUGGGGCCCAUAGCACAGGCCUGUACCGAAUCUCCACUUCCCAGAACUUCUUGGGGGAGCGGUUGCCAGCCUGAGUGGCAGUGACAGGUGCCUUGAAAGCAUGUGCCCGGUGCUCCCCAAGGAGCGUCUCUGAGAGCAGUGAGCCCCCAUCAGACAGAUAUCCCACCAAAUGGGGAGAGUGACCCCACUCACUGUCCUGCCCCACGAGUGACAGUGCUCACCGUGGCCUCCUGAGCAGAUUCAUUCCACCUCUGCCCCACGCCCAGGGUGUGCAGCUCCAUGGAGAGCUGAGGAAGGUGGCGUGCUCCUGUCACUGUCAUUAGCACAGCCUCUAGGACCUGGCGUGCAAAGGACUGGAAUAAUGGUCCCCCAAGGCCAAACCAAGGACCUGUCCUUUGAGAUGAAUUUUGGCUAUUUCUAGGCCCACACAGCUGCUCAGGAGGGCACCCUGCCAGUACCUGGUUCUAAUGUUCUGCUCGGCAGAUGGGGGCACUCACCGGUGAGGAAGACGGUCACUGCCGUGAGUCAUGACCCUCUAGGUGCCUCAGUGUCCCAGAGGCAGGACCUGGAUUCUGGGCUCUUCAAGAAGCAGUUUAUACUAGUGAUGGGAUUUGGAGAGAUGGGGCCACAAUCAUCUGGCAAGCCAGCAAGUGGCUGCAAGCUGCAAACAGCCAGAAACCUGCAGAGAUCAGCCCCUUUCUGGGGGACAAAGCGGGACGCCCAGAGGCGCCUGGCACCUUCCCCUCUCUGUGCCGAGUGCUCGCUCCGGAGCGUGAGACUGCCUGCAGCAGUCCCGUUCCACUUGCCUUAAACUGGAGAGGAACCUAGUAUUUGCACUUAGCAAAAGAUUUUAAAAUUUUAAAAGAGGUGCAUGACCUGUCACUUUGUAUAAAAAUAGCAAAAAUAAUUACUAAAUUUUUUUCUUUACUUUCUGGUAGUAAAAAAUACAUAAAAUAAUUGUUAUAACUACUGUGUGUAAAAAGCC